AUGAAGCAGAAGGCCCAGCAGUCGAGGGAAGAUGAGUGUGUACUGUGUCGCCGUGUGCAUUCUGAUGUGGAUGUCUAUGGGCAGACGUGCCAGGAGGAUGGCCUCUGUGCACAUGAGUUUUGCCUGUAUCUUGCUGAAGGGCUUUACCAGAGAGGCACCAAUGGAGAGGGAUUCUGCCGGUUCCUCCCUGGGGAUAUCAGGCAGGCAGUGAAUCGGGCAGCUUGGAAGACCUGCUGUGUCUGUGGAAAGAUGGGGGCCACCGUUGUGUGCCAGCAGAAGCGGUGCACCCGCAAGUUCCACUUCCCCUGUGGGUCCGAAGAGGGCUGCAUCUCACAGUUCUUUGGGGAGUUCAGGUCCUUCUGCUGGGAGCACCGCCCAGAGCAGAGAAUGAAGACACACCAAGAUGGGCACACCAUGUGCAUCAUCUGCAUGGAGCCUGUGGAGGACAGGGCCUCCUACAGCACCAUGGUGUGCCCCUUCUGCAAGCACGCCUGGUUCCACCGAGGCUGCAUCCAGGAACAUGCUCUCCAUUCUGCUUUGAGGCACUUUGCGUGUCCCUUGUGCAAGGACCGUGAGAAAUUUCUCCCUGAGAUGUGGCGGCUGGGUAUCUAUAUACCUGACAGAAGACCAGCUUGGGAGGAGGAGGAGGAGGAGAACUUUGAAGAUUUAUAUGAAACAUAUAGCCACUGUGAUGCCAGCCAGUGCCUUUACCAGGGAGGCAGGCAACAGUCAGAAGAGGAGGGCAACAGGGAAUUGCACUGUGUCAGCAAGGGGAGACUUAGAGAACCCCAGAACCUCCCACAGGCUCAUCCAAAGGGUGUGCUGCAGGGCCAUAAAGUCAGCAGCGAAAUAAAGGAUGCUCUGCAAGGGGCCGACUUCAUUGACGUGUGUUCUGGCCUGCUGAAGGUGCACUUGGUUCCAUGA